AAAAAUCAGCCUCAAAAAUAAAGUUUACUAGCCAUACAGCUUUGAUUCCUCAAUAUUAAUAUUACUCUCUCAGUUCGAUUUCCCUUCCAUCUCGCUCGCUCGCUCACCUCUAACAAAUAUGGGAGCCUGUGCGAGCAGACCUAAGGAUUUGGACAGGGACUUGGCCCCUGCCCCUGUUCCCGCUGAGGAAUCUGUCACCCCCAAGGCUGAUGCUGUUCCUCAGGAGAAAAAGGAUGGAGAGGAAACAAAGAAGGAAGAGCCUUUGAUUGAUGUGUCAACAGAGGUUACCAAAACUGAGGAAGUAAGCACAGAAACAGAGGCUGUUGUUGAAGCAGAAAAGGAAACAGCCAAACCAGCAGAGGAAGUCAAAGUUGAGGCUGUGAAAGAAGAGCCCAAAGAGCAGCAGCCAGCUGAGGAAAACAAAGAGGCUGGAACUGUUGCCCAGUAAAUAAUAAUACUCUACUUAUCAAGUAAAUAAUGUAUAAAUAAAUAAUGGGUUUGAGAUUUAUUUUCAAUCAUAUCUUUAGGCUUAAUUAGUUGAUUGAUUUGUUGAGGCUCCUCUACUUUCAUCAAACAACAAUAGUAACAACAAAAUUUCU